AUGCCUGCUUGGACCGAUUUAAAGAUCAAGCCCAGUGAGCUGCGGCUAGACCCCACGCUAACAUGUGGCCAAGCCUUUCGUUGGCAAUCAACCGGGCCCAGCGAAUGGACCUGCGCGCUCUUCGGCCACGCCAUAGAUCUCAAGCAAACCCCAACCACAAUCCUCUUCCGCACCCUCGGCCACCUCAAAACCGCCCCUACCGACCACUCCCAUGUUGAAUCAUCUCUUCGAGACUACCUCCAGCUCCACAUCAGCCUGGAAACCCUCUGCGACACAUGGACCAUUGUGGACCCGGAUUUCGCCAAAUUGCGCAAAGCCCAGGAGGGCGUCCGCACCCUGCGGCAACCCGUUGUGGAAACCCUUUUUGCCUUCAUCGCUUCGUCAAAUAAUAACAUUAAGCGGAUCACCAUGCUUGUGAACAAAUUCUGCGCGCGUUUCGGUACGCCGAUUGAGACCAAUAAGGGCAUUUUUUACACAUUCCCAGAGGUCAAAGAUAUCGCUCGGUGUGUGGAUAUCGAGGGCACUUUGAAGGAGCUCGGGUUCGGGUAUCGUGCCAAAUACUACGCCAAAACCGUGGCCUUACUCUGUGACUCACAUGAGUGCCCGGAGAUAUUCUUGCUUGGGUUAAGAGACAAAUCAUUGGAGGAGGCACGCAAGGCACUACUGCAGCUAAGCGGGGUGGGGCCCAAGGUUGCCGACUGUGUUUGCCUAAUGGCCCUGGAUAAACCCGGCGCCGUACCUGUUGAUACGCAUAUUUGGCAGGUUGCUUUGCGCAGAUACCAGUUGGUGACGGGGCAGAAGGCGCCGAGCACAAAGGCUUAUGAGGCUGCGCAGCAGCUGAUUAUUGCCCUGUUUGGCCCGUUUGCCGGGUGGGCUCAGGGAAUGCUGUUUUCGGGCGACUUGGAUACUGCAGAGUCGUCUGCUGCAGCGGUGAAGAAGGAACUUGCGGCGUCCAAGCGCAAGGCCAAGGUAGAUGUUUUGCCAGUCAAACCGGCCAAGCCGAUUAAACCAGAAAACCCAACAAACCCAGAAAUACCAGCCAGCUCGAUCAAAAUGAGACUGCGGAAGUGA